AAGCUUCAAAUUCUCAGUCCAUAUCACGUGGAGUCCACCCAUGCUACGAGUCUGGGACUAACCUGGCACGGUACUUUCUAUUUUGUUUUAUUUCUUUCCUUUUAUUUAUAAUAUAAACCAACUUUGGCCAUUUUUUUCUUCUUCUGAUACUUUGGUUCCUUUUUAUUAUACUCAAGUCUCAUUGUUUUAUACUUUUUUUUUUUGUUGAGAUUUAAACUUACAUCUCAACAGUUGGCAUUAAAAGUUCAAUGAGAUAGUGAAUUGGUAUAUAGAAUUCUUUUUAGAAGAUAUGAUAAUGUGGGAGAGAGAGGCACAGUGAAAUCAACUUAUAUGGUGGUGGUGUAAUUGUAUAAAGAUUAAAUUGUACUUAUCAAAAUAUUUAGCUCAACUUUAAAAUGUGGGAGGUUGCUUUUGCAAUUUCAAGGGAAUUUUGUCCCUUUUAAUCGGUUCGCCUUUCCCUAUAGGUUGUAACCUUUUCUUUGUUAGACUCUUGUAAUGAUGGAUAUGAGAAGGGUCCCCCUCUCCCUUGUCAAAGCUUUUAGUUAUCCGUGAAUCAGAACUCCUUUUGCUUGUGGGCUGGUAGCUCGAAAGCGAGUUUUUAGUUUUUGAUCGUCAAGAAAUAAAGGUGUGAUUAAUCCCUUUUAUUAAAGUAUUUUGCAAAUAAAAAUUGUUAUUGUAUGAGUUUUUGAACUUGAAUAGCAUUUUUCAGGACUAUAUCAAGUAAUCUUAUCUAAUUUGGAUCAAAUUUGAAUGAUGAUUAAAAAUAAAAUAUGUCGAAUGUGAUUAAAUAUGAAAAAUAUAAUAAGAUAAAUUAAACCCUAAUUAGCUAAUAUUGAAACUUUUAAAUGGGAGAUUAAAAGAAAAAUAAUUAGACAUGCAUUAAUUUGGGUGUUGAGUUUCCGAUGGAAAGAGUGAAUAAAUAUUCUUUGGUUUAUAUAGGGUUUUACAUGCAUUGAUUUCGAGGGAGUCAGUUCCCAAAACAAAAAAAGAGGAAAAAAAGAAGAAAAAAUCAUUUUCCUAAAAUAAAUACAACUUAAAAAUGCUUUUACUUUUCCAAUUAAAGACCGACCAAUCAGCUUAUUCUUUUUUCCCAAGCAGACCCUUCUUUUUUCGGUUGAACCAUCACAUUUAAAUGCCCAAAUUAUCCCUCUAAGAUCCCACACUUCCCAUCCCAAAACACUGAUAAAUGUUAUCGGGCAGUGGGCUUGUAGGAAUUUCACAAAGCCCCUGCCAUAAAAUCAAACAAAACGGUCACAUGAAACUUUACAGUUUGCACAACUUGGCUGGAUAUACGAGUCUUGAACCGAUCCCUGUCUCUCUCUGGCUCUCUCUGGCGAAGCGUACAUGAACAAAAAGGGGAGAAGAGAAUCAAGAGAUACUGAGGACAAUCCAAAGAAGCAAAGAAAAGCACCAGAAAAAGCAGCUGAAGCAACCAAAAGCUUCGAAGCAACAGCUUCAUCGGACUCUUAAAAGCAAAACCCAAAACCCAAACCCAUCAUCCAAGACCGCCUCUGUAGGCUGGAACGCUCAAACCAAAAGUCUCUCGAAAUGGGUUUCUGCUUCUCCAGACCUCGUGAUAUCCCAAUCUCUUCUUCUUCCUCCUCUGAUGGUGAUUUUACUAAUCAUCACUACCAACCCAUACCCAUUUCUUCCUCCAAAGAGUCAUUGGACAUCCCACCUCCUCUUUCAAUGUCUGUGCCUAAACCACCCACAUCUUCACAAAUUGGAACCGUUCUAGGCAGACCAUUAUGUGAAAUAACCUCGAUUUAUGAUAUUGGUAAAGAACUGGGGAGGGGUCAGUUUGGGAUCACCUAUCUCUGUACUGAGAAGUCCACUGGUUUGAAGUACGCUUGUAAGUCAAUAUCCAAGCGGAAGCUUAAGAGUGGGAAGGAUAUUGAGGAUGUUAAGAGGGAGAUUUUGAUUCUAGAGCACCUCACUGGACAACCCAAUAUAGUAGAGUUCAAGGGUGCUUAUGAGGACAAGCAGAAUCUGCAUUUAGUGAUGGAGUUGUGUUCUGGGGGUGAGCUUUUUGAUCGGAUUACAGCGAAAGGUAGUUAUUCCGAGCGAGAAGCGGCAGAUAUCUGUAGACAGAUUGUGACCGUGGUUCAUGUUUGUCAUUUUAUGGGAGUGAUGCAUAGGGACUUGAAGCCUGAGAAUUUCUUGAUGGUGAGCCGGGAGGAGAAUUCCCCGUUGAAAGCCACAGAUUUUGGGCUCUCUGUCUUCAUAGAGGACAAUGAAGUGUACAAGGAUGUUGUUGGAAGUGCAUACUAUGUGGCUCCAGAGGUGCUGCGACGGAGCUAUGGGAAAGAAAUUGAUGUCUGGAGUGCUGGAGUCAUUUUAUAUAUUCUUCUAAGUGGGGUGCCUCCAUUUUGGGGUGAGAAUGAAAAAAGUAUAUUUGAUGCGGUAUUACAAGGCUACGUUGAUUUUGACAGUGCACCAUGGCCUUCUAUAUCUAGUUCUGCAAAGGAUCUAAUAAAAAAAAUGUUAAUGAAGGACCCUAAAAGACGGAUCACUGCUUCUGAUGCCCUCAAUCAUCCAUGGCUCAGAGAAGAUGGUGAGGCGUCAGACAAACCUAUUGAUAGUGCUGUUCUAGUUAGGAUGAAGCAAUUCAGAGCAAUGAACAAGUUGAAGAAACUUGCAUUAAAGGUAAUUGCAGAAAACCUAUCAGAAGAAGACAUCAAAGGGUUGAAACAAAUGUUUAACAACAUGGACACUGAUAGAAGUGGCACAAUCACAUUCGAAGAACUCAAAACUGGAUUGUCUAGGCUGGGGUCCAAGCUUUCUGAGUUAGAAAUAAAGCAGCUGAUGGAUGCUGUUGAUGUUGAUCAGAAUGGGACUCUUGAUUAUACUGAAUUCAUUACUGCCACUAUGCAGCGGCACCGACUAGAGAAAGAAGAGAACUUGUUCAAAGCUUUCCAGUUUUUUGACAAGGAUGGUAGUGGGUUUAUAACAAGAGAGGAGCUGAAGCAAGCCAUGACCCAGUAUGGAAUGGGGGAUGAAGCGACUAUAGAUGAAGUCAUCGAUGAUGUGGAUACUGAUAAAGAUGGGAGAAUUAAUUAUGAGGAGUUUGUGGCCAUGAUGAAAAAGGGACCACAAGAUACCGAGUUGAAGCAGAGAUAAGUUUAAUUGCUUGGAAGUUGUAUUUCAUGGCAAAAUAAGGAGCAGAAAGCUUUUAUUUGGCUUUUCUAAUUAAUAAACUGCUCCAGAGCUUCCCUGCGGCUGUUCAUAUAAAUUGCAGUAAUCAAAUUGUGGCAAAUUGCAGUGAUCAGAUUGUGGUA